GAAGUUCCGACUUCCGACGGCGGACCGCCCUGUGCCUGUAUUUUGUCCCGAAUUUCAACAUAAGAAACGCCACAGAAAGCUCCUCCCAAAGCCCCGACUCGAAGCCCCGAAACCGAGGAGCGGGUUUGAUGUGACCCGCUGGCGCCCAAGGAGCGAGCCAUGUCUGUGGUUUUUGACGGGAGUUCGCUGAAAGCGAUGCAGAGCUCUCACAGCCACACGGCUCCGACUGCUCUGAGCGCGCAGGAGCUUUCCCAGGAGAUCAAGUCUUUCAUCAGUGGCGUCGACGCCGUUCAGGGCCGGAAGCUCAGCGUCAGGGAGCACGCCCGCUGCGCUGUGCGGCUGCUGCGCUCGGUCCCGGCCUGCAGGGGCGCGGUGCUGGAGCAUCUGAGGGGCGUGUACGAUGAGCACGUGUCGGCGUUUCUUCACAACCUGGAGAUGGAGGGAAACGCCAGCUCCGGGGCGACCUCCAACCUGGAGGACAUCAUACAGGAGGUUCAUGGCGUUCUGUCAGAGUUCAUCCGUCUCAACCCCAGAGCCUGGGCUCCGCUGGUCUCCACCUGGGCUGUGGACCUGCUGGGCCAGCUGAGCAGCAAGCACGCCGGCCGCAGGGUGGCCCCCCACUCCUCCAGCCUCAACGAACUGCUGCAGCUGUGGAUGUCCUGCGCUGCCACCCGCUCCCUCAUGGAGGCCUACUCCCAGUGUCUGGCCGCCAUGCUGGCCUGGUGCCCCGAUGCCUGCGUGGACGCACUUCUGGACACGUCCGUCAAACACUCGCCCCAUUUCGACUGGGUGGUGGCCCACAUCGGCUCCGCCUUCCCGGGAACCAUCAUCAGCAGGGUGUUGGCCUGCGGGCUGAAGGACUUCUGCUCCCACGGGGCCAAAGACCAGGGGCCGCCGGUGGAGAAAGGCAGCAGGGUGCCGAAGAUCGGCUCCGUGGUGGGAAUCCUCGGGCAUCUGGCGGCGCACCACUCUGACAGCAUCAGGAAGGAGCUGCUCAGGAUGUUUCAGGAGAGCUUGACUCCGUCCACGCCUCUCUCUCCCGCUUCCUCCUCGACGUCCUGGGAGGCGUCGCCUCAGCUGCGGCGCGCCGCCGUGCCGUUCCUGCUGCAGCUCGCCGCCAUGUCCCCGAACCUGUUUGGCGCCGUGUCGUCGGAGCUGGUGGAGCUCCUGCGCCCGCCGGUGCUGCUCCAGCUGCAGUCUCUGCUGCAGGGCCUGCCCAGAGAGGAGCUGGACAACAUGCUGGGGCUGGCCGUCCACCUCGUCAGCCAGAGUCCCACGGGCGGCGCUCGCGUCCUCAGGUUCCUGGCGGACACGGCGACGCCGGCGUCGGUCAUCAUCUCCGGCCCGACUCCGUCGCCUAACGAAGGAGUCCGAGAAGGCUGCGACCGCCUCCUCCAGAUGUUGCUGCUGCAUCUCCACAAGCUGGUGUUCAACCGCUCCGACGGGGCGGAGGUCGGCCCCUUCAGCUCCGCCUCCUCCUCCUCUCAGCCCCAGAGGGUCAUCCCUUUCCUGGAGGAGCUGCGCUCGCAUGUCGGCCAGCUGUGUGCGGAGACGCUGCGCCUGGAGAGGAAGCGCCACCUCUGGCUGCACCAGCUGCUGUGUCUGCUCUCGGUGUACGGGGGUCCCAGCUUAGCCACCGAGACCCUCUGCCAGCUCCUCACCCAGGCCAGGAACCCGGAGGAGCUGGCUCUGGCCUGGCAGCUCCACACGACGCUCUCCUCCUGCAUGGCCGGCCUCGUUCCCGCCGCCGCGGCCCACUGCGUGGCUCAGAUCCACACGCACACGCUCGCGCCCCGUCAGCUCCGGCAGCUGCUCCUCAACCUGGCCGCGGCCAUCCAGAGCCAGGACGAGGAGAGGAGAGGAGCCGCAGGAGCCCAGUCCUCCAUGGCCGUCCAGAUCGGCUCAGCGGUCUCGGGGCACCUCCACGAUUUCGGCCCCCUGCUCCUCCACGGCGACCCGGCCGUGUCUCACGCCGCGGCGCGCCUCCUCUCCUGCAGCCCGCUGCCUCGCACCUCCUCCCCGGCACACCUGCUCCUGCUCUCCCGGGCCGCCGUCUCUCACUUCUUCCUGGCGCUGCAGAGGAGAGGGGAGGCCAGGAGGGCGGGGCGGGCCGCGGGGCAGACGGGCGAGGCGGUGAGCUGCUCCGUCCUGCUCCUGUCGCGGCUGGCGGCGUACGCUCCUCUCACGCUGAAGGCCAUCCUGCAGCAGCUGGUGGAGGGGGCGCUGCACAAGGGCAACGCUCACCUGUUCGGCGGGCAGAUCGCCGACAUGUCUGGAGCUCCCGUCACGUCUCCGGCGGUUUCCCCCGACCUGGGCGCCUCCCUGCUGGACAUCAACUGUCGGUUCGGCACCACGGUGAACUUUUCUGGCAGCGUGUGGUCGGUGUUCCACGCCGGAGUGAUCGGAAAGGGGCUGAAGGCCCGCGCCGCGCCCAACCUGCCUGAUCCGCCAGGAGUCAUCCAGAACAUCCAGACUCUGCUGGCUGUUAUAGUCCAGUGCUGCAGUUCGUCCAGCCUCAACGGCUCCCAGUCGCCAGCCGACCCCGACGAGCCGCUACCCAUCAACCCCGAGGCGGCCAAGGUGGUCGCCGUCACGCUGGUGGAGAACGUCUGUCCAGACGUGGCCAACGGGGAGCUGUCCUGGCCCCCGGAGGAGCACGCCCGGACCACCGUGGAGCGAGACAUCCACAUCAGACGGUGCUUCGAGGCCCACCCGGUCCUCUUCCCCCUGCUUCAGGUGGUGGCGGCCGGACGCCCGGCCCUCUGCUACUGCUCCGCCGUGCUCAGAGGCCUUCUGGCCACCCUGCUGUCCCACUGGGAGGGCUCCCGCGAGGCUUCGUCCACAGACUCCCCCUGGCACCUGCAGGCCUCCUCCCUCCUGGUGUCCUGCAUGGGGGAAGGCCAGCUGCUGCCGCCGGUGCUGGCCAACGUCCACGAAGCUUUCGCCCACCUGACGCCGUUCGAGGUGAGGCUGCUGCUCCUGGCCGUGUGGGAGUACGUCAGGGGCAACGGGCCGCUGCCCCAGAAGUUCGUCUUCAGCUCGGACAAAGGCGUGUUCUGCAGGGACUUCUCGCGGGACGGGGACGUGUCCAGAUACGUGGCACCGAUCCACAGCGUCCUGCACAAAAACAUCGACAGACUGGGCCACCUGUGCUGGAGGUUUCAGCUCUGAGACACAACGGUGGAGAAAAAACUGUGAGAAACGGGCGAUUCAAACCAACCAGGGAGAUUUACGGUCAUGUCACUUCAAGAGUAGACUGAACGUUUUUUUUAAAUAUAGAGCUGUGUGCAUAAGUUUGGUGUUAAUGUUUUGUGUUAAAUUUUCAGCGCGUUCCCAUUCAGCUUCUAUAAGAAAAUGCUGGGAAAUCGCUCAACUGUAAAAUAUGUCGAUACAAAAAUGAGUUCAUAGUCUUAAUUUGCCAUUUUGGUUGAGAAAAGCUACUUAUGUCUGCGUGUCUUGUUCUGUAAACAUGCCUUCCCUCUUUUGGUAUACAAACAAACUUGUUUAAAACACAUUGCAAAUAAAAUCUGCAUUUAGUCAUAAACAACUGCAGUUACUAAUCUUUACGCGGUGAAAAAUAAAGCAUGGUGAUCACCCAUGA